GGUCAACGGAUGGUUAGCGCACGGUAGGUGACGAGAAUGCAACACCGGCGUGUAAGAAACGAUGGAUAACGCGACCCCCAACCGUUCUCACUGCGACUUCGCUCGCUUCGUCUUGCGGGAAGCGUUCUCCUCCGUCCCCCGUCAUCCUGCGCGCCGUCCGCUACCUUGCUCGUAGCCGGCGGUUUCCUGCCCAUCUGCUGACCUUGCUCUCGUUUCUUCGCUCAGCUGCCCUGCUCGGGAGGCGAAAGCGCGUCGGAAGGACAGGUGCAGCUGCUUUAAGUAAUUAAAAUCAUGUGCUUCAUAUUCUUUAAGAAAUCUGGUGCCCACCAGCCUAAUUAUGAGCGGCCUUACAAUGAUAAUUUAGCAGGUCAUGGAGGUGCUAACCAUGCCACAAACCAUCCUCCUAACAGUGCACCACCUGUCAUAGUCCAACCAAUUGCGGUUCCUUCCAUUCCAGUGGAUGAGCUAAACGAAAUCACAAAAAGUUUCAGCAAUGAAGUUUUAGUUGGGGAGGGUUCUUUUGCUCGAGUUUACCAUGGCACCCUGAGGAAUGGACAAGAAUCUGCCAUAAAAAAGUUAGACACAAGUAAUCAGCCAGAUCAAGAGUUCUUGGCACAGGUAUCCAUGGUGUCAAGGUUGCAACAUGAGAAUGUCGUUCGGCUGCUUGGUUACUGUGUUGAUGGAAGUCUGCGAGUUCUUGCUUAUGAGUUUGCAGCCAGGGGAUCCCUUCAUGAUAUCCUACAUGGAAAGAAAGGUGUUCAGGGGGCAAAGGCAGGUCCAGUUUUGACAUGGGCGCAACGAGUUAAGAUUGCUGUGGGGGCUGCAAAGGGACUUGAAUACCUGCAUGAGAAGGCACAGCCUCGUAUCAUCCAUCGUGACAUCAAGUCCAGUACUAUAUUCCUGUUUGACGAUGAGGAUGAUGUUGCGAAAAUAGGUGACUUUGAUCUAUCAAAUCAGGCUCCUGACAUGGCGGCACGCCUUCACUCCACCCGAGUUCUUGGAACCUUUGGUUAUCAUGCUCCAGAGUUUGCUAUGACAGGGCAGCUUACUUCCAAAAGCGAUGUUUACAGCUUUGGGGUCGUUCUUUUGGAGCUUUUGACCGGUCGUAAACCUGUGGAUCCCAGUUUACCACGAGGACAGCAGAGUCUUGUGACAUGGGCAACACAAAGACUAACUGAAGACAAGGUGGAUCAAAUUGUAGAUGAGAAACUAGGAGGAGAGUACCCUCAAAAGAUUGUUGCAAAGGUGGCUGCAGUGGCAGCUUUGUGUGUGCAGUACGAGGCUGAGCUCCGCCCAAAUAUGAGCAUCGUCGUCAAAGCUCUCCAACCUCUGUUGGGUGCUCGUAAAGCAGUUCAUCCUGGCGAGGCAGCACCACGAUUUUGAUGGUAACAGGUUUGCAGAUUGUGGUGUCGCCUUCUCUGCAGGCAAAACCACGGAAGAAUUUGGUGUUUCUUCUUUGUGCAUUGCAAUUUAUAUCAUGAUUUACUUUUUGUGUGUGUUUGUUCGUCCUCUGUAUUCAGAUAUAUGCUAUUUGUUUUGUGUCUUUCCUACGUAUUUGAAUACAAUAUUCAAGUAUUAUUAGUAAAAGCUCUCGAAUUAUCGAACUAA